AUGAUGAUGACGUGCCGUCUGCUGUGCGCCCUGUUGGUGCUCAUCCUGUGCUGCUGCCGUUCCUUAUGCUUUGCGCAGGAUUCUGAAAAAGUUCAAGCUCCUGAUUUUACUUUAACCGCAACCGUUACACCGUCCUCUCCAUCAGAGGAACCGCGUCAGGAGGCCGGUGAGUCAGAGUCGCUAAAUCCGGGGGCCGAUAUGCAAAGAGGAAAAGCUGUCUUAAAUGGAGAUAGAGGGCGUCCGACCGGUCCGAAUCCGCAAACAAAUGACGUUUCCAUUACGGCACCGAUAGAAGGUACGGACGAUACGACAGGGACACAAAGUCUCACGCACCCAUCCCCAGAAAAAGCAGGUCAGAACGCCGAAGCUUCUGCCAAGACAACCACGACGUCUACAACACACGCACCAACUACGACCACGACCACCACCACGACCACCACUACGACCGCUGCGCCAGCCACGACGACCACCCGCGCACCGUCACGUCUUCGCGAAAUCGACGGCAGCCUCAGCAGUUCUGCGUGGGUGUGUGCCCCGCUGCUGCUCGCCGCAUCCGCGCUGGCGUACACCGCUGUGGGCUGA